CGUCCGUCUCUCGGUCGCAAUCAUCUCGCCGGUACGCUUUUAACGACGCGGCGGCCUCUCUUCCCUUGGAUAUCGAAGCGUGUCGCGUGUGAAUUUUACCCUCGAUCGGAGUGUGUCGUGUCGAGGAGAACCAGUUUCACCCUGUGCGUCGAACGCGAGGCGAGCAGUUCGUCUCGAAACGAAACGCGACGUUCACGGGAUCUGGACGCGGAAAACGGUCGACGCCUACGAGGACCCGGGCACCCCGCGAUCUCGAAGCGUUUUCUAUCGGUGGUGAUCGGUCGGUGAGACACGGUGCUUCCUUCCCCUCUUUUCCGCCCUUAUCGAACCGCGCCACCGGCGUACGUGCACGUGCAUCCGAGCGCCGGUCGCGCGCAAUAUCGGAGGCUUCGAUCUUGAGAGCAAACCCCGUCGUCUCGUUAGCGCGAUAUUACAACCGGGACGGCCAGAAAAAGGUUUGACAUUUCGCAAAUGUCAGCGGCUGCCGGCGGCGGAGUGGCUUCCGCGUAGUCGGAGCACGGCUCGCGAUAAACGAUAAGAAAAAGGACCGUGGAUUUCAGUGCCCGCCGACUCACUGUCCGCGGAUUUGUCCCGCCGCGGUCCUUUGGUCGCGCGUUUUGCGAUCGAACGCGAGACAUGUGAUACCCCGCGGGGACCCAGCGAGGUAACACGCUACGCACGGGCCACGCAUUAUCUCGUCGGCGGGCCCACCGGCUCCCAGGGACUUCGACAUGGACUGGAUGAGGCGGCAGGACAUGAAGGAGGAGUCACCGGAAACUCCUACCGUUCUGACACCGGAUGAGACCGACGAGUGCUACUUCGAGGAAGACACCUCGAUAGACGAGGGCAUGGGUCUGGACAAUGUGAGCUCGGCGACCCUCAGGCCUUUCAACUCGGACAUCAACACACCGAGGAUCGACAGCUAUAGGUUCUCCAUGGCGAACCUCGAAGACUCCCAAGAUGUCGAUCUCGAUGCCAUCCUCGGCGAACUGUGCGUCCUGGAGCGACGCUGCGACGGCGACAUCGCCGCUACGCCUGCACCGGACUCUCAGAGACAGGUCCGACCAAAUAGCACCAGGAUCACGGCUGGCGACAAUACCGAUAUCGGCAAAAACGAAGGAGCUAUGCGCACCGAUAGUCCAGACAAUGACAGCGCAUUUUCGGACACGGUGUCGAUGUUGUCCAGCGAGAGUUCCGCGAGCAGCAGCGGCUCUGGACACAAACCACCUCAGACCGCCAUGCACACAGCCCCUCAGUCACAGUCACACCAACUCAUGGACGCCGCGAGCAGAGUCAAGGCAGAGAAAAUCCGAUUGGCGCUGGAGAAGAUGCGCGAGGCUAGCGUACAGAAGCUCUUCAUCAAAGCCUUCACGUUGGACGGGAGCGGGAAAAGUUUACUCGUGGACGAGGGGAUGAGCGUGGCUCACGUGUGCAGGCUGCUGGCAGACAAGAACCACGUGCCGAUGGAUCCUAAAUGGGCCGUAGUCGAGCAUCUGCCUGAUCUCUUCAUGGAAAGGGUAUACGAGGACCACGAGCUGCUGGUAGAGAACCUCUUACUCUGGACGAGAGACUCCAAGAACAAAUUGCUUUUCGUCGAGAGGCCCGACAAAACUCAGCUGUUUUUUACCCCGGAGAGAUUCCUUUUGGGCCCAACCGACAGAAGCAGCGGCGAGUACGACGAUCACUCUCGUAACAUUCUCUUGGAGGAGUUCUUCGCCAGCAGUAACGUCGGUGUACCCGAGGUCGAGGGACCAUUGUAUUUGAAGUCGGACAGCAAGAAGGGCUGGAAGAAGUACCAUUUCAUCCUGCGAGCGUCCGGUCUUUACUACUCGCCGAAAGAGAAGGCUCGCGCCGCGAGUAAUCUAGUUUGUCUGGCAACAUUCGACGUGAAUCAGAUCUACUACGGGGUCGGCUGGAAGAAGAAGUACAAAGCACCGACGGACUUCUGUUUCGCCGUGAAGCAUCCCAGACUGCAGCAACCGAAGUCGACGAAGUACAUAAAGUUUCUCUGCGCGGAGGACAACGCGUCUUUGGAGCGAUGGAUGGUCGGGAUCAGGGUAGCCAAGUACGGCAGACAGCUGAUGGAGAAUUACAGGACCCUCGUGGACGAAUUGGCGCAGGAGGAUCUGGAUAUGCUGGCACACGCGAGAUCGUGUUCCGUCAGCUCGAUCGCUGUGCCGCCUCAGAGUCAAGCUCACUACAACACCAGCAACGACAAUGCUCGACAGUUCACGGAGAAUUCGAGGCACAGCGUGGAGUCUGCCAACGCCAGACAGUACGAUGGACAGAGGCAGAGUUACAAUCCCGAGCAACGACAGAGCUACAACAACGACGGAAGGUUGAGCAGAGCCAGCAGCUCGAGUUCGAGCGGAUGUUUGUCGGAUGGAGCACCCAGUAGCUGCGAGGUGGCUUUCGAGUGUGGCGAGUUUCCAACGGGAACGAUAAAGAGGAAACCGUCGAUGAACCCGAAGUUGCCUCUAACGUCCAUCACCAGACAGCUGAAAGAAGUGGGUGAGACUGUUCGAGACGAGCCAGACUCUUGUCCAAGUCCCACGAGUUCUGGAUCCGGCACGUUGACCAGAAGGCACAGUCGAAGAAGGAGCGGUACAGACUCUGAUGGUUCUGGAACGCUAAAAAGACAUCACCGAUCUGGCAAUGCGACUCCAGUUAGCCCGGUACCGCCUGGCACGCCAGUUAGGGAAAGAGCAAGUCCUAUGGGGUAUAACAGAGAGUCUCAGGAAUCGAAGACACCAACGAGCCCUAUUCCAUCGUGCAUGAUGGAUUCGAUCACUUCGUUACCGCCGCCACCGUCACCGUCGAGAGUGGUGGAGGAGACAGAAUCCGACAGCGAGCCUCUGCCUCCGCCCCCGCCGGAAAUGUUCCGCUCUAACUUGUCUCUGGACUCGCUGCCGCCGCCACCAGCACCCGGUGAGAUCCCAGUGUGCAACACGCCGGAGCUUUCCGGGUCGUCGUUGAGCCUCGCGUCGCUCCCGCCACCCCCGAGUCCCCUGGUAGGCGAGACAGGGACGAUCCGUCGCGCGAGACCGAAACAGUCCACGCCAACGAACUCGAUCACCCCCGAGAACACGCCCACGCACACGCCAUCGAGGCAGUCGAACAACCAGCAAAUGUACUCGAACGCGAACAGCUCGCUCCAAAACAACUCGACGGUACAGAACAACCAGAACUACAAUCCCAACAUGCAGAACGCUCAUCACGCGAGCAACGCGUCGAACUCGGUGUCCUCUCCGCCCAGCUCAUACCCGGGAUCCAGCGCCAGCACGCCCACCUACGCUCCCAGUUCGCCAGGGUUCGCAUCACCGCCGCCGUUCGUUCCUCCGCCGGCUUACGGGUCCCAGCAGCAGCACACCACUUCCCAGAGCCUGACAAGGCAGAACUCGAAGCCGGAACCGAUGUACGGGGUGCACCAGGUGCAUCAACACAACACUAUACAGCCGAUCAGGCCAAACCCGAACAUGGACACUGUACGACGAAGCGCCAUGAAGCAGACCUCGAGCCACUACGCUGCCCCGCCGUACCUGGCAGAGCUGAAGGCCGCCUCGAGUCCACAGCCCCAGCGCAGGGUGACUAUCCAAGAGCCCCCAACGUCGCCCAAGUCCAAGACGGGCACCGGGAAGAAGAUCACGUUCAACCUUCCGCCUCAACAGGAGCCUGGGAGCCCUGCGCUGCCGCAGAGGAAACCCAUGCCACCCAGGAGAUCCGACAGCACGAGGCUCACGUCCCCCAAGAAGCUCGCUGCCUCCGACCAGGCUCCUCCCGGCGACUUCCUCAAGGAUCUCCAGCGAGUGAUGAGGAAAAAGUGGCAGGUGGCGCAGAAAUGCAAGCUGGACUCGACGACCACACCCCACGAAGUCCUCGGUUUCCGCGAUCCACCUCCAGCCGUGGCGGACUACAGGGAAACGAACGUGUCGAACUGGGUGCAGGAGCACUACGGGGCCGACAAUCUCUACGAGAACGUGUACGCGACGGAUCCCCACGCGCCUGUGGAGUACGCAUCCAGCCCCGCCAGACAGUCGACGGUCAGAUUCGCGGAUGAGAAUCGCAGCAUGAACAUCGUGAACGCGAUCGCGAGCAAACGAAGGCCACCGCCACCGCCCCCGAAGAGGGCAGAGACCACGCAUCUGACCACCACCAGAGCGAUGCACUGACAAUAGCAGAUAAUCCAGCCCCAUCCCGAAAGGCGAUGGUAUUGCUGUCUGUGCAGCUGGUGGAAGGACUAAGGGCGGAGGAGGAAUUCGCUUUGUUCUGUGAUUUUGGUCGCCGUUUUCGAGGUCCCGGCGUCGAGUCAUCGUCCUCCGCGUCGCCGUGCACCGCCGUUCAAACCCGGGGGAUGUCCAGGGAAUAGAGAAAAGGGGAUUUCGACGAUCGUCGAAGAUCAACCGUACGUUCGCGAUAGGGGGGAACAGAGUUCUGUUGGAAACACUUUUAUCUAUCCAACAGUCGCGAGCCCCGUCAAAUAGGAUAAUCGAUGUAAAUUUAGAAUUUCGAGGAUGAAAGUCUGAUCGGAUACUGCCAAUAAACGAUCGUUAGGGAAUUUUUUUAGCGAGAACGUCGCGGAUAAUCCGGAGGCUGCUGACACCGAGGGGUCCCGAUGUGAAACAUCAAAUCUCAGCGCCCGGUUCGUCGACGGUCAUUCAACUAGAGCGUAAGGGAAACACUGCCGCACAUAUUGAGGAUGUGAUAUAUAAGUCUUAAGCUCCCAUUUUUGUUUACGCGUCGCGUUCCGGACGGAGCAAAUUGCGUCUACUGUUAGGCUGCAUUCCCGACGGAACGGACGUUCUCGCGUGUUUUUCCAUUUCGGAUGGAACAACCGUAGAGACCCGGGGAUAUAGUAGUCAGAGUCUGCAACACGAGCUUGAUGGAAACACGCGAGAAGAACUGCGUUUUUUUUUAAAAAUCCUCGUACAUAGGUGUGCAUGUAUAUAAAUGAAACACAUAUGAGCGUUUAUAUCAAUAUAUCGACUUUGAUGCUGUAUGUUUAGACGAUAACGAUUCGAACUAUCCUCUGCGACGCGGACACGAUGACGCUUAACGCGAUGGACCUCGAGCGAACGCCCACGCGCGGCUCCCGUUAGCUAUCGCUUACUCCUAAACGCGAGAGAUCUUGUUUACGCCAUUCUCAUCUUAUUUUCGUUCCCGUUUUCGCUGGCAUUUCGUUCGGAUCGAAUAAACGCGCCAAAAGGCUUCGAGUAAAGCUGAUAGAAUUUUGAUAUCACGCGUCGUGUCCUGGCGACGAUCAAUACACACGCGAGUCGAAGACGACCAUUAUACUCGAGCAGGUUUUUAACUCUCGAUCGCUUCCGCCGGUCCGUUCGAAUGUAAAUAAACGCUGCUUGGAUUUAUAACGAUUUUACAAGCGGAACGAACCCCGGGCGAUUCGGUGCACUUUGAUCGUUCGUCCACGAUACCAACGAUGCUCCAAUACGAGGGCAACGUAUCGCGUCAGAUGUUCACACUACUUUUUCUACACCAAGGAUACGCGAAAAGAAAGGAGGGACUCUGGAGGAAACAGCAUUCUUGAGCUGCCAUUUGCACAAUGGAAUUUUCAGCAACGAUCGAAGGCCUGAAUCCUGAAUCCUGAAUACUGAAUACUGAAUUCCUCAAUCCUGACUCUUUUGUACCCACGAAUUUCUACCGAGUUUCACGCGUCCUCCUUCGAGGACAUCGAAGACGUCCCCGUCGCGUUCGAGAGGAGUCUCGCCGUGUCCAGGUGGUUUUUACAAGCGUUAAGGAUACCGGGGGACCCGAGAUGCGAUAUUUUCUACUACCCAAUUUUGAUAGAAGCUAGACGAUCGUAGGGAGAUUAACUCAAUGCCUCUCUCGACGUGCUCGUUUCUAAUCGAUCACACGCGGACACGCGAGACCCCUGCGACGGAGGAACCCUACACGCGUACGACGAUCCCGUGGAUCGAUCGACGCCGAUUUAAAUGUAACUUGUAAUUUGUCUGCCGUGCGCGCGGUCCAAUCAAACUGAACCAAUAAUAGUAAACGGUAAUAAUAUUGCUAACGAAUAUACGUUUUUUUUUUGGGACUAAUGUAUCGAUCUUAUGGAAUCUUGAUCGUUGUCUUUUACGAUAAGCUCGUUUAUACGACGAACCGUCCGGCAGGCUUUUUCCUCGCCCGGGACGAUCGGUUCGACGACAAACUGCCGCCACGAUGGAGGGUUUCUUAACGCGAACGUUCGAGAAAUUGUUCACGAUUUGGAAUCGUCGACGGAAGAGGGAAUCGUUUUUGGUCCCUGUUCAAAGCUCUGUUGUUUGAGGAUCGAAAAAACGACGGAGAAUGAAGUCGUUGCUCGGUUCUAAUUCAACGUUAAUAAAAGAGAAAACGUUCUGUUGCUCGUGGAUAGAAAGGGUAGUAGAAAGUCGAUCGACACGCAGUUCUAACGAAAUGGAAUUUUUAACCUUUAACGAUAUAUUGUUGGGGAAUGAAAACACAGGGGAAGGAGACACGUGUUCUGAUUAAACGUGAACCGAAAGAAAUUGUUAACAUUGAGUGAACGAUGAGUGGCACCAUGAUAGAACGUCGACAAACAGGAAUUUUUAACCUCCGUUCCAGAUUCGAGAGAGUGAUAGAGAAUAGGAUAACGUUCGUUUCCCUAGGGUAAUAGGGAAAAUUCUUUCGAAUUUUGUUGAAAUUUGAAUUCUCAACGUUGUCUGCGAACGAAAAGAGUAAUAGGGAAUAGGACGAUGUACGCGUUCAAAAUGAACGCCCCCGCAGUUAGGAAUUUUUUGUCAACGCUUUGUAACCCAGUCGAGUUGGACGAUACUUCAAGCGUUUGUAUUAUUUGUAAGAUUUGAUUUAUUUAUUUCGCGUUCUGUGUAUAAUUAUUAUUCUGAAACGGUAGUACAAAUGUUGGAUGAAUAAAAGGGGGCGUGUAGAAGCGAAAAUACAGUUGUACAUCUUGACUUGACGCGUAAAGAUCCGUUGAACGAAGCUUCUUAGAAAUAACUAAAGUUGUAAUAAAUAAAAUCUUUAGCCGACAGACUGGGUUACAGAGGGUUGGAUAACUUUUUAUUCAAAUUUUAAGGCCUCUUUUCAAUAUUAUCUUACUUUCGUCCUGCGACAUUUAAUCUGUACAUUUUUAGUAAACAUAAAGUGAUAUAAUUUUGGGUAAUAACUUCGAGAAGAGUUGUGUUCUGGAUUCCCAAACGCCAGCGACUGCGAAUUCGAACUUUUACGUAUCGUUUUACGUAACGCUAUUGAAACGAGACCUAGUGGACAGAGUGUUUCAUAAAAUAUGGUCACGACUUUGGGCUGGAACACGUUACACGAAGAUAAUAAAGAAAGUUUCUAUAUAAACAAUCGUUCCAUCUUUUUUUUCUUCGAUUUCGUUUUCAGCGCGUCGAGCGUAAUUUUCUCGUUUAGAACAGUGUAAGUAAAAAAGUGUCUGAAAGCUUGAUCGAACAACGACUAUUAUUAAAAUUGUUUCACGCGAACCUCGAUUACCUUGGUGCACAGAAGUUUGUCCCCAUUUUAUGAAACAUGCUGCGGGAACGACUAUAGAAAGCAUAGUAACGGAAAAUAAACGGAUGCAAUCUUGAUAAUGUAUUUAUUGUCACAGGGAAACUCCUCGAGAUUUUUUAAUAUCAAUACUAAACAAAAAAUAGAUCCAUGGAUGACUCUGCCUUUUUCUAUUAUCCUGUCAAUCGAUGCUCCAUCGCGAAGACUCUUUUUCCGAAGCUUGCGUUCGUUGAUUUUUCGUUCCCUUUUUCCUCGAAUAUUCGCGCGAAGGGCGCGCCACGUGGCUCUAGUUUUCCAGAAUUUUGUACGAGAAAACAACUCCUUUUUGUACUCUUACCGAUUAAGGAACCUCAUCGAGCCGAACUCGGAGAUAAAAUCGCGCUCGAUCGCUCGAAACUCGCACGACGAUGGAGUUAUCGACUUGGAAUAUCGAGAAUUGAAUCGGGGAAAAUUCGUAGCGACUUGAAGUCGCUGGUCAUUGCCAGAAAGAGAGAAAGAAUGCGAGAGACGGAAGAUGAUUGUAAUAAAUCGAUCGCCGUGUCGUUAACCACGAUCACGAAAGAAUUAUGUUUAUCUGUAUCGUACCUAUCUUUUCUUUCUCCGAUCGAGUAUACCCUGUGUUGUACGUACGUUUUUUGUAAAUAUUGUAACGAACGCGUUAGUGCAAGGAGGAAAAUGAUCGUCGCGGGGAACACGCCCGCGAUCGAUUCAAUUAAUAUAAA